AUGUCAGCGGUCACCACAGUCUAUUUGGAUUGCGCUGAGGUGCUGCCGAGCACUUUUCACAUCCUCGUCAACCACAACCACGUCCUCGUCAAGCACAUCUUCAGGGCCGACAUCGACUUCGAUAACGACCACGACUUCGAUAACAACCACGACUUCGGGCUCUUCGAUCUCACCUUUGACUACUGCGAAACCGACUUCGACCUCCGGGACAUCAGCGGAACCGGCAAUCUCAAGGCACUUAUCAAAGGAAGGGAUGAUUUGGCUGGCAAUUACAGUUUUUAUCUUGGUCUGAGGGUUUACUUCCGCUCAUCAUGA